ACAUCACUAGAUUGAACCGUCCCGUCAUACCUAGCGUGGCCAACGGCUCUCUCAUUGAACCACCGUACUCAGCUCAGCUCAGCUCAGCUCGGUGUAGUGGAGUCCUUUGGAAGCAAACCAGGCCGGAUAGCUCAUCAAACACCUGUUAUUUGACUCACACAUUUCCCCGGCCUUGUGUUAGUCUGACUACAGCGGUGGUGCUUGUUUCCUGGUCUCUCUGGCUGGUGUUUGGUCGGUGGAGGCAGCAGGCAGGAGGGGAAGUAUCUGUGUCUCUGAGCCAUGAUGGAGCUGGAGUCCGCCAGUAACAGAGGAGACCUGGUUGCUGUGGGAGACUCACUGCAACCACAGACUCCCAGCAGACACGAGAAGAGCCUGGGACUGCUCACCACCAAGUUUGUGACUCUCCUGCAGGAGGCGAAGGACGGAGUGCUGGAUCUGAAGGCGGCUGCAGACACCUUGGCAGUGCGGCAGAAACGACGCAUCUAUGAUAUCACUAAUGUGUUGGAGGGAAUUGGUCUGAUUGAGAAGAAGUCCAAGAACAGCAUCCAGUGGAAGGGUGUAGGUCCAGGAUGCAACACCAGAGAGAUAGCCGAUAAGCUAAUUGAUCUGAAGGCCGAGUUGGAUGACCUGGCUCUCAGGGAAAAUGAGCUGGACCAGCAGAGAGUCUGGGUCCAACAAAGCAUCAAGAAUGUCACAGACGACUCCAACAACAGCCCUAUGGCAUAUAUAAGACAUGAAGACCUCUGUGGAGCUUUCAAAGGUGACACCCUCCUAGCAAUCCGUGCUCCCAUUGGCACACAGCUAGAAGUCCCCAUACCAGAAUCUGUCCUCAACGGACAGAGGAAAUACCAGAUCCGUCUCAAGAGUUCAUCUGGUCCCAUCGAGGUUUUGCUGGUCAAUAAGGACCCGUCCAGUGCCUCUCCUGUUGUUUUGCCCGUCCCUCCUCCAGAUGACAUCCUUCAAAACCUCCCAGCGCCAACACCUACCUCUCAGCCGAUCACUGCUGCCUCCCAGGUCUCCAAAGCAGCUCCAGUGACAUCAACAAAACCUGGUCCUGCCACAACGUCGGCUACAGCAGCCAACCAGACAGCCUCAGUGACAGAAGUGACGAGCACCACGCCACUCAGCCCAACAACAGAAACACCGGCUGCAGUUACUCAACAACUACAGUCUUCUGCCUCGUUGGAUGGAUCUCCGUCCUCUUCUGCCUCUGCAGUAUUUGAACCAAUUAAGUCGGAUCCCUCUGAAUUGCUGGACUUUCCCAAAGAGCUCUCUGAUAUGUUUGAUCCAACUAAAGAGAUCAUGAGUGGAGACCUUUUGGAGGACUUGAUGUCAUCAGAAGUGUUCUCGCCUCUCCUGCGUCUGUCCCCUCCACCCAGCGACCACGACUACAUAUACAACCUGGAUGAGACAGAAGGCCUUUGUGACCUCUUUGACGUGCCCAUUCUCAACCUCUGACCCCCGAGAUCGUUGUCAGAGCGGGAAACGGUUUCCCAAACAUGCUAAUCUACCUUAAUUUUCUCCCAAGUGUCGUCGUCCCCCUCCCCCCCACUGACGGUGAAGGUGAGAAGAGGUGCAGGAAAGCCAAUAUGAUCUGUUGAGCAUUCAAGGACACCUCUGCACCGACACGGUCAGCUCAAGCUGAGCUCAUUCAGACAGUAGCUCCAUGUACAGCUGCAUCAAGAAAUGCAGGCGAGAACAAAACAUUUUACUUACUGCUUUUCCAAGGAGUCAAAACAAAUGACAAAAUAAUUAUAUUUUUAGAUUGUUAUGUAUGAUAAAGUUUGUGUAUCAGCUUUCCCGUGUGCUUGUGAACGAACGUGAGUUAGGCAUACUUUACGUGAGUGUGUGUGUGCGUCUGUGUGCGUGCUUGAGUUUUGUAUUGAACGCUCUCUUUAACUUGAGUCAGAUGUCUCCAGGGGGGGGGUAAAAACCCCUUUUCCUAUAAGAGUCAUGGCAGACUAGCAGAGCACAGCUUUAGUCACCCGGCAGCUGCUCACGCAUGGCUUGAACGAGUCCAAACACAGCUGGUUAAAUAUGCACUGUCGUCAUGUACAUAGAGAAUAUAUAUUUUGUAUUACCAGCACACAAGACUAUUUGUGUAAUAAUGAACUACAUUUGUAACACAGGCAGAGCAAUAGUUGGCAAAUAAACAGACUCAAUCAUACUGUAUGUAUGAAGUGCUUUGUUUUGAAUCAUGGGGAUUUGUCUUAAUCAAACCUUUCAGUGAUGGUGGUGCUUUUGUGACCCAGUUAGAGAAAGUGAAAGUUAUUGAAGCCAAUAAGCUUUGAGACAUAAAGAGCCGAGGACCAAAACAAUGCAGGGGUAUGGGAGGAGGGGAUUUUAGAGUUCUACCUUUUUACAUGAACACUUUUUAGGUCAACAAGGUGCUUGUUAAAAUGAAAUAAAGUGUCUCUGGCACUUCUACACUGAGAGGUCUGAUUACAAAAAAUAGGCUUGCUUUCAGUUUCAUUUUGUCUCUGGACUUUUCAACCUUGCAGGUUUUUUUUUUAUAUUUGCUCUGAUUAAUAUAUAACUUAACUGAAGUACAUCAGAGGAAUAGCUUUUUUUUUUGCCCCACCCACCCUCUCCACAAUGAGUUCUUCUGUGGCAAUUGUCUUUCGUUUAUUAUGUAUGUAUAUGAAUACUGUUGUACUUUUAGUUCAUUUGUAUGGAAAGAGUCAUGUAUGUAUUUUUCUGUGAAUAUAGUCACCAAGUCAUGGAAAACACUCCUGUUUUUGCUUUUUUUUUGUAUAUUUGGCAAAGAAGAAUCCCUAUUCAGUAAUGUUCUUUCUGUUUUUUCAUAAAUUAAAUACUGCCUAUCACUCUAAAUGAAAUGUUUCAACUCUAAUCAUUCUCUCUGUGCAGGGGACAGGUGGGUAGCAGUUCAGGAUGAGUUGUAACUAGUCAGACUGUUAAAGUACAAUAUCAUUAUUCAUAGUUCUGCUUUUGGUGUGAUAAUGUCCUGUUUUGCCCUGGAUGAUGUGUAUGUAUGUACUGUUUAUAUCCCUCUCUCUACCGCUUGUAUAGAAUAGCAUUUAUUUUUUUAUACCUGAUAUAUUAUUACUGCUACUAAUUUGGGGCUACACUUUGUUUUUUUGGAAAUUCAUCCACAAAUUCUGCUUUAUCAAAUCAUCCUGUCUCAUUGUUGCACUUUACAUCACUGGACUGAUCGGUUGUUACUCAUCCGCUCCCGAUCAGUAGCAAGUCAUUGUGUUUGGACAGUGUUGUGAGUUUGCCUAAUUCUUCAAUAGAGCAGCCAGGGAGGUCAACAGUACUGGGUUGAAUCGUGUCUGUGUGCGACGGCGUGUGAGACUCGAUCCUACAGACUGUUUUCAACAGGCUCACUAUUGCUAAGCUGUAGUUGCAUCAAAUGAAGCAAAAUAAAAACUUUGGUAUUCUUUG